AUGGGGUGCUGCUACAGCAGCGAGAACGAGGACUCGGACCAGGACCGAGAGGAGAGGAAGCUGCUGCUGGACCCUAGCAGCCCCCCAACCAAAGCCCUCAAUGGAGCCGAGCCCAACUACCACAGCCUACCUUCUGCUCGCACAGAUGAGCAGGCGCUGCUCUCCUCCAUCCUUGCUAAGACAGCCAGCAACAUCAUUGACGUGUCUGCUGCUGACUCCCAGGGAAUGGAGCAGCAUGAGUACAUGGACCGGGCAAGGCAGUACAGCACCCGCUUGGCUGUGCUGAGCAGCAGCCUGACCCACUGGAAGAAGCUGCCACCACUGCCAUCUCUCACCAGCCAGCCCCACCAAGUGCUGGCCAGCGAGCCCAUUCCCUUCUCCGACUUGCAGCAGGUCUCCAGGAUAGCUGCUUAUGCCUACAGUGCACUUUCUCAAAUCCGUGUGGACGCAAAAGAGGAGCUGGUUGUACAGUUUGGGAUCCCAUGAAGAGAGGGGUCCUUGGACAGCUCUUCUCCUCUCUUCACCCCGUCUCCACCCUGCCUCCCCUGGCCCCCCAGCCUCACUGCGGCUUAUACAGUACCCUAACCUGCUACUAAUCACAGAGAAGAAUGUGGAGGCGGAGAAGAGCAAGGCUAGAAGCCUGAGCAAGUGAGGAUGGAGCAAGGGAGGGUAGAACCAUUUGGGACUAGCCUUCGAAGCCCUGGCCAGGGGUGGGGUGGGGUCAAAAGGACAGGGCUUGAUAGGUCUUCACUGUCACUGGGGAGGUGGAGGUACCACUGUGAGGGUGAUCAUUAGGGGGCCUAUGCGGGCCCCCUUCCCACCCUUUCUCUUAGCCUCACUCCUGUCCCCUGCUCCCUGACUUGGUGCUCGCAUGCACCUCACUAGGGUUUGUGACCAGGGUCUGG